AUGCGUUUCGCUUUCGCCGCCGUCGCCGCACUCUGCGCAGCAGUCGUUUCCGCACAGAACAAUGCCAUCAGUGUUCCUGGUGGUGCUGCCACGCUGGAUGUGACGGCCGGCCAACCCUUAACAAUUGAAUGGACCAACCCUUCGAGCGGUACCGUCACCAUCAAGCUGCAACAGGAUCCCGUCACUCCCGACUCGGGCGCCGUGCUGGCUGCUGGCAUUCCCGCCUCUGCUGGGACGGCGACCGUUCGGAUCCCUCCUCCCGGAGACGUCAACUCCCACGUGUACACAAUCGAAAUCAUCGACGACACAGACCCUACCAACAUCAACUUCUCUCCCAACUUCGGCAUCCAAGGCGCGACCGGCACAGCCACUGGCGUCGCGACCGGGUCUGCUACCUCCACCGGCUCUGCCACGUCGACGGGAACCAGCACCGACAGCUCUGCCACAAGCAGCGGCACUUCCACAGACAGCUCGAGCACCUCUGCCACAAGUUCUUCGGCGAGCACCACGAGCUCCGAGGAAUCCACGUCAUCCACUUCAUCCGCCACCCCAACUGAGAGCACGACCGCUCCAGACCCUAACAGCGGUGCCGGCAGCCUCAAGGUCCAAGGGGGUGUCCUCGCCAUGGCCAUCGGACUCAUCGCAGUCAUGUGA